UGAGGGGGCCAAGAAACGCCAGAAGUGCUGCAUUGGCAUUUUUGCUUUCGCAUUUUUUGACUUAAUCGCAGUUGUUGUUUUAUUUGUUUGUCGUUUUGUAGCUGUGUAAAAACUGUAUUCUGCCCGGCUACCGAAAAACGCACGUAAUCUCUAGCAGAAGCCACGGAAGCUGCCAAAAGCGCCAUCAUUAUCGUCAUCAGCAUUCACAAACAUUAAAUAAUUCUACAAUUAUCAGCAGUAGCGGCACUCACAACUAUACAAAAAUUUGAUUUCGAAAAAUUGGCGAUAGUACUCAAAUGGAAUGUGACUCAGGUUUCACAUCAACGCCUAAAAACAAACGAUGACUGUAAUCUAAGCUUUGUCAGUGGUAAAAGUAACGAAAGAAGAGUCAUUAAAACCCAGACGGAGAAGAGUUGGAAUUUUAUAAGAUAUUGGAUUAUAGUAUAUAAAGAAUAAAAUUGGAGCAACUCAACGCAGCGCAAUAAGAUGGGCGCUAUAUUAGCCAAGUUCAGGAAAGAAAAGUCCACCGCAGAAGUGCUCGAGGGACUGGAGGAGAAAAUCACUCAGAUAGAAAAAUAUACAAAAAAUACACAGGAGCAAAAGCGACGCAUUGUCGGCAAUUUUCUAGCAACAUCAAUUGGCAUUUAUGUGAUCGCAUUUAUUGUCUUUUAUUUUGUGUAUUUUCCGCCGACAUGGCGAGAGCGGAUUGUUUACUCAGUGCCAUUACUGUUGUUCCCAUUUGUUAUAAUACUCCUGCGACGUUUAUUUACGUGGUACUUUGAGAGAAAGUUGAACAAAAACUCUAAUAAACUGACAGCAUUACAUGCAGAAAAAAAGAAAAUAUUAGAGCAGGUCAUGGACAAGGAGACAUACAAGGUUGCUGUAAAACUCCUGGCCCGAUAUGGCGACAAAAGCAGUGCUCAAAAGCCACUUUAUGGAGCUUUGACACCGCGUGCGCCUUCCUCUAGUAACCUAGCAGCGACUUCGCAACGCCUCGCUAUCGGUCAAUCGCCAAAUGCACCUACAACCACAAGCAGUCUACAAGAUCUUAGAUUGCGCUCAACUUUGAGUACCACUUCACUUACCACUACCCCACGCCAACUUUCCAGCUUACGUGGUUCACCCGUUGCUGCUGCGCCCACAGCUGGCGGACAAGCGCUCAUACCACGCCCAACGUUACCAAUAACACCGCAAAGACGGCCAAUCGGCGGUACAGGUAUUGGUCAAGAAUUACGUAAACGUACACCUUUUCCAAUAGUCAAUCAGCAGGGAAAAGGCGUUUUAGAACGUAUUGUCGAUGUACUUAUUGGGGAUGGUCCAAAGGACAGAUUUGCUAUGAUAUGCAAGGAGUGUUUUUCUCACAACGGAAUGGCCCUUAAAGAAGACUUUGAUUUUACAACAUUUCGUUGCGCAUUUUGUAAUGCAUUGAAUCCUGCGCGUAAAGCACGGCCAAUUGCGCCACGCCUGCCGGAGCAGAACUUUUCACUACAAAAGCGCGACUCCAACUCAUCGUCAUCGACACCAACGGAUGUCGAAUCGGAAAAUGAUGAACCCGUGGCGCCAAUGCCAUUAUUAUCUGCAGCAGCAACACCACGCAUUCAAUUGACUGAACCAAUCGAUACACCUGUAAAAGCAACAACACCUUUUGCACUCUCCGAUACACCUGUUGCUCAGUGUCGUCAACCGGAAAUUGGCGCAGGCGAUGCAUCUAAUGUAAUAAGAGAUGAAUAUAUCGGCGAUGACACUGACGUUGCAGCAACAGCAACGGCGUUAGAAGAAGAGCAUGAGAACGUGAGAAAUGCGGCUUCAGGGGAAAUUAUUAACAAUUUUCCGACUUUACACGCUGCCGAAGAUGAUGAAUUGACUAAGUUGCAAGAACGUUUCGCUCAAAUAUAUACAAGAACUAGUGAAGACAAUGAGGAUCCACAGCAAACUGUGAGCAGCACAGACAGUGAGAUCGGAGAUCAGGAGCAAACGGCUGAAAUGGAUGAAUUUAAAAAAUUGAAAUAACACUAAUCAGUUACAUACCUUAUGUGGUUUAACGGAAAAUUGGAAAAAAAAACAAAAGGAGAGUGGGAAAAGUGGGGAGCGGAGGAUAAGGUACACUUUUGUUUCGCGUUGGGAUUUUAAACGACGUGUUUAGUUGAAUAUUACGCUUGGAGUCUUGUUACAUAUUUAUAAAGAUAACAACAACCACAAUUUACAAACUACACAACUAAUUGAAACAAAUCGUUUUUAUCUUAGUAUAUUAUUUUUUUUUUACAAUGUUUAAAAAUUUAUUAAAAUUAAUUAUAAUUCUUUCAAUUUGAAAAAUAUGUCCUAACUCAUAAUUUAUAAAUUUUUAUAUUGUAAUAUUAUAUUUCAUUUUUGUAGUUGUGUGCAAUUUGCUUACAAACGAUAAAGCGAAAUGCUGACUGCAUUUUAACACGUUACUCAUAAUAAAUUAAAUUGAAUUUAAACAAAAUAUACAUAUAUAUAUAUAUAUUUAAAUAAUUAUGCGAAUCUUAAAUUCGCUUCUUUGUGAUUUUAACUAGUUGAAAAUGUUAAAAGCAAUGAAAUUGAAUUUAAAUUCACAUACAUAUGUAUGUAUAUUGCAUGUUUGUACAUACAUUAAUAUUUUUAAAUAUUUUAGCGAAUGAAUAUUUAAAUAAUAUGCAUUGAUUGUAUGAAUUUUUUAUAUAGAACAUCGAGCGAAACAAAUCAUAUUGAAUAAUUAAAAUGUCAUAUUUUAAAUAAAAAACACACACACACACGU